AUGGCGGAUGUGGAGGAGCAGCUGUCAGAGGAGGAGAAGGUACGUUUAGCAGCACAAUUCAUUAUCCAUGCUCCACCAGGGGAGUUCAAUGAAGUAUUUAAUGAUGUUCGGUUCCUACUCAACAAUGACAACUUACUCAGGGAAGGUGCUGCUCAUGCUUUUGCACAGUACAACUUGGAUCAGUUCACUCCAGUAAAAGUUGAAGGCUAUGAAGAUCAGGUAUUAAUAACUGAGCAUGGAGACCUUGGUAACGGGAAGUUUUUGGAUCCAAAGAACAAGAUUUCAUUCAGAUUUGAUCACUUACGAAAGGAAGCCAGUGAUCCCAGGCCCCAUGAAGGAGAAAAUGCCAUAGAAUCUUGGAGGGCUGUUGUGGACACUGCAGUGAGAACCUAUGUGAAAGAUCAUUAUCCUAAUGGAGUUAGUACUGUAUAUGGCAAAACAAUUGAUGGACAGCAAACAAUAAUUGUGUGUAUUGAGAGUCAUCAGUUUCAAGCUAAAAACUUUUGGAAUGGACGCUGGAGGUCAGAAUGGAAAUUUACCAUAACACAAUCUACUACAAAGGUGGUGGGAAUUUUAAAAAUUCAGGUCCAUUAUUAUGAAGAUGGCAAUGUACAAUUAGUUAGCCAUAAAGAUGUUGAAGAAUCAUUAACCGUGUCUAAUGAAAUUCAAACUUCAAAGGAGUUCAUAAAAAAUUAUAGAGGAUGCUGAAAAUGAAUACCAGACUGCAAUCAGCGAGAACUACCAGACUAUGUCUGACACUACUUUCAAAGCCUUACGUCGGCAGCUGCCAGUGACACGCACGAAGAUUGACUGGAACAAGAUUCUUAGUUACAAAAUUGGAAAAGAAAUGCAAAAUGCCUAA